GUUUCUGUGUGUUUUAUUUUUAUGAAAAAAAUUUAAUUAAAAGUAGAUAUUAAAAAAUGUCUAGUUGUAAAAUAAGUCCCAAUUCUUUUUGUUUUGUUUGUGGAAUUUAUAUUUUCAAAAAUGGUAAAGCUUUAACAGACACUUUGAAAAGAAAGUACCAUUUUUGCUAUGGCAUAUUUGCUGAAGAUACAAACAAUGCUUGGACGCCAAAUAGGGUAUGCUCUUCAUGCGCUGCUUCUCUUCACAAAGGUAAACGACAACGUUUUUCUACUCCCACGAUUUGGCACGAACCUGAAAAUCACGAUGCAGAUUGCUAUUUCUGUUUAACAGAAACAAACAGGUACACUAACAUUCAAAAAAACUAUAUACAAUAUCCUAAUGUAUCAUCAGUAACACCUGCAGUUACAUUGAACGUUUCUGUUAAUAAAGGUUCAUCAGAUAAUGUAGACCUUAACGAUUCAGUUGAUCAAACAUGUGAACAGGAUGAACGUAAUGAUUCUGAUGAAGGUAAUGAUUCUGAUGAACCUAACCAUUCUGAUGAAAAUACAACAACAAAUUCCUGUUUUACUCAACAUGAGCUAAGCGAUUUAGUGCGAGACUUAGGAUUGUCUAAGGAAAACUCUGAAAUUCUAGCUUCUAGGUUGAAAGAAAAACAUGUUUUGGCUCCAAAAACCAAGAUAUCAUUUUAUCGUAAUAGAGAUAAACAUUUUAGAAAAUUCUUUUCUACUGCAAAUGCUCUGGUUUACUGCAAUAACGUUGAAGGAUUGAUAAAUGCUUUUAACAGUAGCAUUCGUUACGUAGCAGCUGACUGGAGACUGUUUCUUGAUUCUUCUUGUAAAAGUUUUAAAGCAGUACUCUUACAUAACGGUAAUCUUUAUGCUCCUAUCCCUAUAGCACAUUCGGUUGUUUUGAAGGAAGAGUAUGAAAUUUUAAAGUUUAUUUUACAAAAAUUAGAGUAUGAAAAACACAAAUGGCAAUUAUGUGGUGAUUUAAAAAUCAUAACAAUACUUUUAGGUCAACAGAGUGGUUUUACUAAAUUUUCCUGUUUUUUGUGUGAAUGGGAUAGCAGAGCUCGCGACAAACAUUAUAGGCAAGCAGUUUGGCCAUCUCGAUUAGCAUUGGUACCUGGUUCAAAAAAUAUAAUACACGAUACUUUAGUUGAACCGUCGAAGAUCUUACUACCCCCAUUACACAUCAAAUUAGGACUGAUAAAACAAUUUGUUAAAGCGCUCAAAAGCCGUGAAAGUAAUGCAUUUACAUAUCUUGCUGUGAAAUUUCCAAAACUUUCUGAAUCAAAAAUAAAAGAAGGUGUCUUUGAUGGGCCACAGAUUAGAUCCUUACUAAAAGACCAACAGUUUCAAAAACACAUGUCUGCUGAAGAAAAUGUUGCAUGGGAAAGCUUUAGAGCAGUAGUUACAAAGUUUCUAGGAAAUGUAAAAGAUCCAAACUUUAAAGAAAUUGUAGGAGAUUUAGUAAAGAACUAUGAAAAGAUUGGAGCUUUAAUGAAUUUGAAAUUACAUUUCCUACAUUCGCAUCUCGAUUUUUUUCCCAAGAAUCUUGGAGAUGUAAGCGAAGAACAGGGUGAGAGGUUCCACCAAGAUAUGAAAACCAUGGAGCAGCGUUACCAGGGAGUAUGGAACGAACGUAUGAUGUCAGAUUACUGCUGGAGCUUGGAUCGUGAUACUAUAAAUGAACAUAAAAGAAAAGGCGUUAGAAGAUCAUUUGAAAAGAAGAUAACUCGAUUUUACAAAAAAGAAUAAUAAAAAUAUAUACUUAUAUAACCUGGCGUAGGCGCCCCCGAACAUUUCGGGUAAGUCUUAAAAGAAAUGGUACCUCCACGUGGUUUAAGAUGGGUAACGCUAGAUCCAUUUCACAAAUACAUACUUGUACAACUUGGCGUAGAUUAGCGUGAGUCCCCUCGCCUCUCACGAUUCGGGGUGCUAGAUUAGCGUGAGUCCCCUUGGGCAAGCAGGCACACAGACAGUCAGGCGAGCAGGCGGUGGGUGGGAAGGCAGACAGACAGGCUG